CUAAACUCACAUCACAUUCUGUUCAUUCUGCUUUUAAAUGAUUGUUGUUUAUUACACAGUAUAUAGCUAUUGAUUGUUGUGGAUGGAGAGAGAACAUGCUCGAGUAGUUGCCUUAAGAAGAAAACAUCAGUCAGAUGACAAAAGGAGCAGAUAUCUCUUACCUGAUGCCGUCACAAGAACUUCUGCACGUUUCUUUGAAAUUUGUACUUGUACAGUGUCCGUUUGUUGUGCAGACAGUCAAGGAAACCCUGAACAGCCUUUCUGUCAACAAAUGCAAAAGGAUCCUGAAAGAGAAGAGGGUGCUGAAUCACGCAACAGACCAUUGCUUGACUGGUGUAGGCAAGAUGGUGCAAGACAUCAACCUGGUUUGUGUUCCAGCUCCGGACAUACAGCAUUUCCUCACUCUUUACUCCAUCCUGAAGAAGCAGGAGAGUCACCUGUGGUUCUGCAGGCUCUUGAAGAUGAUGUUCGGUCUGACCGUCUGUGCCAUCUUCCUCUACAUGCUGCGCAGGAAACCGAGGAGAAGAGUUAGGAAGUUCAGACAUAUACAGGAGCUGUUCAGAAUAAUGCAGUCUGUCAGAGUUCAAACCAGACUCGUUUCUGAAGAUAUUGAUUAGAAGCUGCUGGUUAAGAAGUGCUUUAAUCUUUAUUAAACGUGACUUUCUAAAUCGCUAUUAAAAAACUAUUGCUUUGAUAUUAGAUAUGCAUAUUUUACAAACAAUAUUAUAAAACAUGUUAAUGAUUAAAUUGUAUGCACAUUUCUCUAGUUUCGUUUAAAUGCACAUGUAACAAUAGAGUACUACUGUAUCUGGCCAAUAGAUGGAGAUAAAUACCUGUCUAGCUGUACCAUCACAGUUCAAUAAUAUCACUAUGGGUUGGUUAGUACUGAGAUAACCAUCGAAAUAAAGAUUUUAAACCAUUAAAACCACCACAAGUUUUCAAGACUUCUCUAGCUUGAGUAAUAACUACUUAUAAAAUCAUAUAAACCACU